UGGGCCAUGUCCGAGGGCCCGUCGGCGGCGCGGCCCGCGCGGCGGCCCAAGGACGUUCCGCGGCACGUGUGGGCCCGCGAGCGGCGGCGCAGCGCGGGCGGGGGCCUGGCCGGGCCCAACACCGUGUACGUGCAGGUGGUGGCGGCCGGGACGAGGGACGCGGGGGCGGCCGUGUACCUGUUCAACUGUGGCGAGGGCACCCAGCGGGCCAUGCAGGAGCACAAGCUGAAGAUCUCCCACCUGGACAGCAUCUUCCUCAGCAGGGUGGCCUGGGCCAAUGUCGGGGGGCUGCCAGGUAUGAUUCUCACCUUGAAGGCUAUAGGGCUUCAGAGAUGUAUGUUCCUGGGGCCACCAAAGCUGCAAAACUAUUUGAAGGCCAUUCGCCUCUUUCCCGGGCCCCUCAAAAGGAUGGAUUUAGCUGUGCAGUUACACACAGAGCCCGAGUACAAGGACGAGACAAUGACAGUCCACCAGAUACCUCUGACAGGAAAACCACUGGUUGCUGAUAGUAAAUCACCCCAGAGUCCUGGAGCAUCAACCCAAGGUGGAAACAGCCCUAAAGGGGACACAGGGCCUGGAUCCCCGAGAGCUGCACAGCAAAGCUUGGAGGAGAGCAAAGGAAAUAAAAGCCCAAAGAAAACAGGUGAUGAGCAGAAGUGUGCCAGGAGGAAUCCUGACCUGGUGAUGGCUUUCCUCUGUAAAAUUCACCCAAAGAAGGGGAAAUUCCUGGCAGCUAAAGCCCAGGAGAUGGGGCUGCCAGUGGGAACUCCAGCCAUCCUUCCCAUAAUUACAGCUCUCAAAAAUGGGGAGAGCGUCACUUUUGAAGGCAGAGAGCUGUUCCCUGAGGAGCUGUGCACCCCCACGGAUCCUGGCCCCGUGUUCCUGGUGCUGGAGUGUCCUCACGAGGGCUUUGUGGAUGCUGUGUGUGAGAACGAGACCUUCCGCAGGUACCAGGAGGGACUUCCUGAGAACCAGGUGGCCUUGGUUAUUCACAUGACUCCGGAGUCAGUGCUCCGAGACAGCCGCUACCAGCAGUGGAUGGAGAGAUUUGGCCCCGGGACUCAGCAUCUGGUGCUCAAUGAGAACUGCUCGGCUGUGCACAACCCGCGCAGCUACAAGAUUCAAACUCAGCUGAACCUCAUCCACCCCGAGAUCUUCCCCCUGCUCACCACCUACCAGAGCAAGGAAGCGGAGGCCGAGUGCUUGGUGCCCAUCGUGCGAGGGGAGUGCCUCCUCAAGUACCACUUCAGGCCACAGCAGGAGUGGCAGAGAGAUGCUGUGACUGUCUGUGAUCACAACACCUUUGUUAGUGAAGCCUUGGACCUCCCUGACUUCCAGACCCGUGUGAAAGAGUGCAAAGAGAGCCUGUCUGCUGUACCAGGAAAUGUGGGUGCUUAUCCUGAAAUCGUGUUCCUGGGAACAGGAUCUGCAAUUCCAAUGAAGAUCCGAAAUGUCAGUUCCACACUGGUGAACACCAGCGCUACCCGCUCCCUCCUCCUGGACUGUGGAGAAGGAACCUUUGGGCAGCUGUGCCGUCACUAUGGACAGCAGGUUGACCAAGUGCUGUGUAACCUCGUGGCUGUGUUUGUGUCCCACAUGCACACGGACCAUCACUCGGGGCUGGUGAACAUCCUGAUGGAGCGAAGGAGAGCUUUUGCAGCCCUUGGUCAGGCUUUCAGCCCUCUGUUUUUGGUAGCACCUGAGCAGAUCAUGCCUUGGCUACACGAGUACCACAACCACUGUGAGGCGAUUCUUGAAGACAUCAGAAUGAUUCCUUCUCAGUCUCUUGUGAAAGGCUGUGAGAACAUCAGGCCUAAAGCCAAGGGGUUUGUGAGCUCUCUGUUAGAGAGCUAUGACCUGGCUGAGUUUCAGACCUGUGAAGUCCAGCACUGUAAAAAUGCUUUUGCGUGUUCACUGAUCCACAAAUCUGGCUGGAAAGUAGUCUACUCUGGGGACACAAUGCCCUGCAUGGCCUUAGUGCAAAUGGGUAAAGAUGCCACCCUGCUGAUCCACGAAGCCACACUGGAAGAUGGCCUGGAAAAAGAAGCUAUAGAGAAGACCCACAGCACGACCUCCCAGGCAAUCCAGACGGGGAUGAAGAUGAAUGCAGAGUUCAUCAUGCUCAACCACUUCAGCCAGAGGUACGCCAAGAUCCCGCUCUUCAGCGAGGACUUCAGCGACAAGGUUGGAAUUGCCUUCGACCAUAUGAGGGUACGUUUCGGUGACUUCCCAACCAUCCCGAAGCUGAUCCCGCCGCUGAAGGCUCUGUUUGCAGAUGACAUCGUGGAGAUGGAGGAACGCAAGGAGAAGCGGGAGCUGCGGCUCCUGAAGGAGACGGCCCUGAUGCUGGACAGACUGACUGGGGGGGAGAACACGGGGGCAGCGUGCCAGAAACGGAGACAGGCCAAGAACCACCAGGAAGUACCAGACAAGAAACUUAAAACAGUGAACUGAGAGAGGCACAGCUGGGAAUGCUCUGCUCUGAGAGAGGGCCCUUGCUCUCCACAGGCCUCGGGAGCGCGCGGUGCUGCCGGCACAGCAGGAAAGGGGCUGGCCUUGGUUCUGGGCUUGCUUGGUCAUCGUGGACCUCCCUGGACUGCAGCUCCAACAUCUGCCAGCAGUGCCAGUCCUCGUGGAGACAGGAUCUGCUCACACAGCUCCCCUUCCAGGGGCUCACCCAGCCAUGUGGCAUUUUUCUUUUAGCCUGAAGUUCUUCUCUCUGAGCUGUUUUGAUUUUUUUAGGUUUGUGCUAAAAGCUAUUGAUAAUGUAACAGCAGCAGGUGUGACCUUUGCAAGAGAUCAGGUGUGAGAGGCCCUGAGGGGCCAUGGAUUUGCCAGAAGAAAAUGGACAGGUCUCAGUGAUAGGGGAUGUAAUCAGGUGUCAGAACCCAGGUGACAGGAGGAAAAUUAACAGUAAAAUGGGACCCAGUUACUUUUUAGGUCAAAUUAGGAGUGACGAUAUGUCUGUACAUCUGUGUUCCCAUUUUAUUUUAGUUUUCUCCACUGAUUUUUUUUUCCAAAAGAUCAGUUUCCAAACCCUUUAUUUAGAACCUGAAUAAAGCACUCACCAUCCUCCAGGAA